AUGGCUACAAACGAGGAAAUUUUGCGGCAACGGAUUCGGGAACUGGAGCGGGAAAAAGCAGAGGCGGAGCGGGAAAAAGCAGAGGCGGAGCGGGAAAAAGCAGAGGCGGAGCGGAAAGAAGCAGAGGCGGAACGGAAAAACGCGGAGUACGAGUCUCUGCUCCAGGAAAAGGAUCGUUUGCUCCAGCCCACAACGCUUGAGGAAUACCUAAGAAACUGCCAGGAGCACAUCUUGUCCAAGAUUCAUCUCGUCACCGAUGGCUACCUCACCACCCAAGCUCCUUCGACCAAUCCUGCUCGAAAGCACUGCCCUACCCUUCUAGCGCCUUGGGACGACUUUAACACGGCACAGACCAAGAUGAUUCGGCGAGUCUACCAGAUUUUCCCUCGCGAUAAGCGACUAUUCGAGAGCAUCAAAUUCCUUGAGGAAAUGGGCGAUCGCAUGGAUGACUUGCGUGUUCGGAGUGAGGCUUCUCUUGUCAACGUCCAGCACAAUGCUAUUGAAGUCCCUGUGCGCAUCAUCAUGUCCAAAAUCAACGACUUUGAUCCUCAGAGGUACGACCUCGCUGUUCCUCAAGAGGUCAAUUUCCAAACAACGGCGAGUGACCUCCGUGACCCGAACGAUACGAGGGAUACUACGAAGCGAGACGAAAAGCUACGGACGGACCAGAUUUGCGUCUUUCGAAAUUCGGCUCACCAGAAGGACAUUGCAUUUAUCAUCGAGUACAAGGCACCCCAUAAACUCCAUACGGCGCAUUUUGAGCAGGGACUCCGGCAGAUGAAUAUUUUUGAAGAAGUCGUCAAUAAGACGACAAUACCAACCGCUGAGCCUGAAAAGUUUAAACACUACGCCGAGCUUCUCUCGACAGCCGCCAUUACACAGACGUAUCACUAUAUGGUGGAGGCUGGGCUGGAAUACGGCUAUUUGACCAACGGUGACGCCAUUGUUUUUCUCAACAUUGACUGGGCUAACCCGACGGUGCUUCGCUACUAUCUUGCACGACCGUCGCGCGAGGUAGAAGUGGACCAAGAUACUGCUUGGAGUAAUGCCGUCUGCCAAGUCCUUGCAUUCACCAUGAUGGCGCUCCAAUCGAGUCAGCAUAGCAACGAUGAGCGUGUGGCCGCAGCGAACAAGUGCAAAAAAUGGUUGGUCGAUUUCGCCUGCAUUUUGGACCAGAUUGUCAAGGAAGAGGUAGCGAGAGAAGAGAAAGCUGCCAGUUCGAGCCCCACAACGCCUGCCACAAAAAAACAUCGCCGUGUGCCGAGCAGCCCGGAAUGGCAAGGGACACCGGUCAAGAGGAAUAGGCGAAACCCACAGUCGCAAGCCGUAGUCGAGCCGUCAAGUCGGGUACUUCGGCCACGUGGACCCGAUAGGUCUGGGGGUGGAGGGGCAGGCUCUGGUGAAGGGGGUUACAGCCAGGGUGGCACUUCUAGUGGUGAUGGUGGCUCAGGUGAGGCAGGUGGCAGUUCCGAGGGAUCUUCCGCUGCUGGGGCCUCUUCACGAUUUGCACCCGGCGGCGGCGGCGGUGGUGGUGGACAGCAAAGGCAGAGGCAAUACUGUACAUCAUCAUGUCUCCUCUCGCUCGUCAACGACGGGCCGCUGGACAACAAUUGCCCCAACGCGGCGUUGCACCGCGAAGGAAAAUUUGCCGAGCUCGACGCUAAAAAUCACAGACAUACUGUGCUCUAUUCACAGUUUAUGGUCCUGUUACAAGAACAGCUUUCCCAAAGCUUGGAGAGGGGCGUUGUGGUCCUCGGAAAAGAAGGUGCGUGUGGUGCCCUUUUCCAGAUCACACUGCUGCAGUUUGGUUACACCUUCAUCGCCAAGGGUGUUACCGGAGGACGCGUGCCAGACUUGGAGAAGGAAGUGGCCGUUUACCAAAAGUUGCGGCCUCUGCAGGGCCACGGCAUCCCCGUAUGCCUCGGGUCUAUCGACCUCAGGCCGCUAGGCCAGGUUUAUUUCUACGAUUUCGACGUGCGUAUCAUCCGCUUCAUCCUGUUGUCCUACGGUGGCACCGAGGUCAAGGCAAGCAAGGACAAGUCAAGGGCACACAUCAUCAGCACAACCUCAUCUAUCCUCGACAAGAUGCAUCGCCUUGGGGUGGUCCACGGCGACGUCCGGCGGCCCAAUGUGCUGCAAGGGCCCGACGGAGAGAUCAAUUUGGUCGACUUUGACCGUGCCGUGAUUCUACCAGCCAAAACCACCCGAGGCACCCUCAGUGCAAUCUCGCCUAAUAAGCGAAGGCGGCUUGUAGGGUCUGAAGAGGAAGAGGAUAAAGAUCAACUAGUGGAUAAGCUGAGAAGCACUCAGAUCAGUGAUAGCUCCUCGCCUGCUCCUGGCGAUGAUUGGAAGAAGAGCUUGAAGAUUCCCGCCAAAGAUAACAGACAGCAAACAGAGGAUGUCACAAAAACAAAGGGCCUCGAAUUCGAAAACUUCGCGCUCAAGAGAGACCUCCUCAUGGGCAUCUUUGAAGCAGGCUUCGAGAAGCCUUCCCCGAUCCAAGAAGAAGCUAUCCCCGUUGCGUUAACCGGACGCGAUGUCCUGGCUCGAGCAAAGAACGGCACUGGCAAGACGGCCGCUUUUGUUAUCCCCGUCCUCGAGCGCAUCAACCCUAAAGUCAACAAGAUUCAAUGUCUCAUCCUCGUCCCUACCAGAGAACUGGCCAUGCAAACCUCGCAGGUCUGCAAGACUCUCGGCAAGCAUCUCGGUGUCAAUGUCAUGGUUACCACCGGUGGUACCGGCCUUCGCGAUGAUAUUAUUCGCCUUCAGGAACCUGUCCAUAUUGUGGUCGGAACUCCGGGUCGUAUCCUCGAUUUGGCAGGAAAGAAUGUUGCCGAUCUGAGCGAGUGCCCCAUGUUUAUCAUGGACGAGGCUGAUAAGCUUCUGUCUGCCGAGUUUACUCCCACGAUCGAGCAGCUUCUUCAGUUCCACCCCAAGGACCGCCAGGUCAUGCUCUUCUCCGCCACCUUCCCACUGUCUGUCAAGGACUUUUCCGACCGCAACAUGUCCAGCCCGUAUGAAAUUAAUCUGAUGGACGAGCUCACCCUCCGUGGUAUUACCCAAUACUACGCCUUUGUUGAAGAGAAACAAAAAGUACACUGCUUAAACACCCUCUUUUCCAAGCUGCAGAUCAACCAGUCCAUCAUCUUCUGCAAUUCCACAAACCGCGUCGAACUUCUUGCCAAGAAGAUUACUGAACUUGGCUACUCGUGCUUCUACAGUCAUGCGCGUAUGCAGCAGUUGGCUCGUAAUCGCGUCUUCCACGACUUCCGCAACGGUGUUUGCCGCAAUCUUGUAUGCUCCGACCUCUUGACGCGUGGUAUCGAUAUCCAAGCUGUCAACGUUGUCAUCAACUUUGACUUCCCCAAAAAUGCGGAGACUUAUUUGCACAGAAUUGGUCGCUCUGGUCGAUAUGGCCAUCUUGGUCUCGCUAUCAACCUGAUCAACUGGGAGGAUCGCUUCAAUCUUUACAACAUUGAGCGCGAUCUGGGCACUGAAAUCCAGCCCAUUCCUGCGAGCAUUGACAAGAGCCUGUACGUUUACGAAAACCCUGAGAGUAUCCCUCGGCCUAUCUCAAACCUGCCCAAUGCUGCUCCCCAGCAGCAGGGCCAGGCUCUGCCUCCCCAACAGCCCCAGCAGCAGCAGGGCAACUGGCAGACCCAGGGUCAGCAAAAUGGCAACUACAACAACCGUGGACGUGGCCGGGGUCGCGGCGGCUUCCGGGGUCGUGGCGGCGGUAGUGGUGGUGGUAGCCGGGGUCGUGGCCCUGCUCAACCCCAAAAUUAA